AUGCCAUCACCACCCAGACCUCAGCCCAAUAUCGCUACCCCACCGCCCACCAACGCCCAAGCUGACGUCCACAACCCCCACCAACGUGGAGUGAAAUGUCUCGCCACGCAUCUCCUCCCCAUCUCCCAAUCACACCACACACCCACAAGUCCACACACACUUGACAUACUCGCUACUACACCACCAUCCCCUCUGCCCAAAUCCCCCACCACUAAUCCCCCACCGCCAGUAUCCUCCCCGCUACCCGCACAAGCCCCACCCCGCCGCUCCCUCGGCCGCCAUGGCAUUCCACCCCACCGCGACGCUCUCGCUGUGUACAUUCACUGGGCGCGACAGCGAUAUUACAUCGCGCGCGGGCAUUCAGGGACGCAUGUGCCGCAUGGUGUAGCGGCGGGUACUGCAGCCGUCACCCAUGUGUAUGAUGAGGGGCGGUCGAUGAACGAUUUGCGCGGUGUUGGGGCCCAGUUUGGAGAGGGGGUGGUGGGGUUGGGGUAUCCGAUUGAGAUUGAGGUUUAA